AUUAGGGGAAGGGAAGAACAAGGAAGUUCGGUGCAAAUGUUGUUCAAAUGAACAUUCCCGAAUGUCUACUCAGGAAAAAUAUGCAUUGAAUGUUAUAAAACUGAGCCUCCUCACCUAAGCCUAAAUAACUUAGUGGAGCCAACCUAGGGAGAAGUUUACCUGUGUUCUCCAGCACUUCAAAGGCUACACAUCCAGUGACGUCGAGCACCUGGAUUGAUGCUGGUUGUUGACGACGCUCGAUGGCCAUGUAUCCGAUAGACAUCUUGCCAUCUGAGGAUUAUGAUGAUUUACUCUCGGCCUCCGAUAACUACUUGUCUUCACUUAAAUCAAGCAGAAAUGAAAACCAUGAAGAGUUCGAUACACUUCAUCACACAAAGGUGGCUAUAAAGGAAAGUAAUUUGAGCAGAUUAAACAUGUUUCCUGACGACCCAUCUGACUGCGCUGUGUUGGCACUCCACCCCCCUGAUGAUCCAGACAAUGUAUUGGCUCUCUACCUGCAUGGAAAAUGGUGUUCAGUUGAAGAUGCAACGAAGACCACCAGCAAAUCCAGGGCUGGACUUGUAAUGGUUGAGUCGGCUAUGGAGAGGGUCAUCCUGUUUCUCCUGGCCCAUGUGCUUGAGAAGCUCCCUGCCAUCGACCGGCUGUUCUCCCCUCACCCCCGGACUGAACAGGGGAAGCUGCUGUGGAGGGAUGGGCAGGCGGUGGGCUUUUAUACUUUCAAACAGAAAGGCAGCCUGUGUGGCAGCUGGACCGCUCAGAGCUACCUGCUUCCAGUAUUGGACACAACCCUGGUUCGCCGUGGUUGGAGGGGUCGUGGCUUCGGACUCCAGAUGCUAUCAGAAUUCUUUUCUCUGUUCCCGAGGGAGGAGGUGGUGGGGAUAAGCUCUCCAUUAUCACCCAGUAUGGUGGCAGUGUGUAAGAAAUUCCUGCAGCAACAUGAGGAACAGAGGGAGCGCUUGUAUGAGGUGAUGGAGGCUCCGGGCGGGUGGGAACAGCGACGCAACAUCUGGAUGAACAUCCAACUGGGACGCUACUCCCACUGUACCGACAAUGUGAAAAGUUUCAAAGAAUUGUCGUCGGGGAAAUAAGAAGGCGGUAAUGCAUGCCAGAACUUGCGCAACAACUGACUAUAUUACUGCGGGUCAAGUAGUUAAUGUUAUCCAUUGGGUCGGUUAGAAUUUCAAUAAAUCCUUACAGGCAAGGCAAUAAGUGUGGGGUUUUUCCUACACAAAAUAAACAAUGAAAUGUG